AUGGAAUCUCUAAACCGCUACAUCCCCUACGCCCACAUGAUCGCAACGGUCUUUGGCCUUAUCGAGCUCGGUCUAACAUGUUACCUCGUAUCACCCUGGUGGCGAGCCCCCGGCAUCUACGCCUUCAUGCUCUUCAGCUCCGUCUGGACUUUGUUGGUUCUCAUUUACAUUGCCCUCUUCCCGCCUUACUUCCCCAAGACGUUCCAGCGCACCAUCGCCCUCGCGCUGGAGUGGAUCACCAUGAUCUUCUGGUUCGCCGGUUCGAUCGCUCUCGCCGUUUAUUUCGGGUCUCCGAGCUGCGGUGCCGGCACAUUCUGCGGAUGUGUCGAGGCCGCUACUGCGUUCGGCUUCCUUCUCUGGGUUACCUUUUUGUUCAUCGUUAUUGUCGAUACCAUGGCUACGCUCAAGGGUAGGGCAAGGGGUCAGAGGGCCAAGCCUGUUGUCGGAGUUUAG